GAGAAAUCCUUUCAAUGUAUUGGAGUUUCGGGUAGUCGCGUCUUGUAGGAAAGUAAUUUGGCAACAAGCGGUGAUAACUGAUUGUUCCAUAUCGAUUAUUGUGCCGAUAGUUGACGGUGAUGACCAUUCCUUAAUAAAAGAAAAAUAAGAAAAGGGCAAAAAUGGUGAAAUAAGUGGAUUUUCAGGAGUUUUUAUUUAUCAUGUGUACACAUUGGAAAAUAAUUAAAGUUAAAUGCUUGGUUUUAUUCUUAUUAAUUUUUUCAACCGCGGUAAACCUUCUGUGGACACUUUGCUUACUUGAAAUGGAAACGCGUUCGCAGUAUGUCAAUAAAUCGUCAAAUAGAAUAACGAAAACAACUGCAUUUGAAAAAACUCUAUUAAUAGACUCUACAAUUAAUAGAACAGCAUUCGAGAAAAUUUCGAAGCAUAGUUUUAGGCUUGCUUUCGAAAAUAUAAGCUUUGAUACCGGAAGAUGGGACAAUCAUCGGCUUUAUAAGAUGUAUGAUUUCGCCUUGAUUGGAGAUAACUUUGUUGAAGCUUCGCAUGAAAACAUUGUAUGCUUAGCUACCCAAAGUUCUGUGGAGCGGCUAUAUUCAUUGACACAAGUUGCUCACCAAUGGAACGGUCCGAUAUCCACUGCUGUUUAUGUUGCCGGAAAUGAAGAGUUUUCUAUUUUACAAUACUUCGUAACAUACAUGCGGCUUUGUUUCUCAUUUAUUCGUGAUAACGUUACAUUUCACAUUGCUAUACCGAAUGACAAGAAACCUACUCACGGUCACAAGCCAAAUCUUAUAAAAAACUUUGAUUGCCAAUAUCCUGAACAAACACUACGCCAUUUACUCAAAAUGCGCUCUGCGGACACAAUAAGAUGGCGCAUAAAGAACGAAUAUCCUCAAAAUCAUUUACGUAACCUAGCAAGAAAAGGGUGUCAAAAUAAAUAUGUAUUCCUAACGGACAUCGAUAUAAUUCCUAGUGGAAAUAUGGUAUCACUUUUGAAUAAUUUUCUACAGUCAGCAAAAUGCAGUUACCGAUGCGCAUAUGUGAUUCCAACUUUCGAAAUAGACAAUAGAGCUAUGUUUCCAGUUUCGAAGCCGGAGCUUAUGCGACUCUAUAGGAAAGGUCUAGUACGACCAUUUCACGAGAAGGUUUUUAUAUACAACCAAUACGCAACUAACUUUUCCUUAUGGCUAACGAAUUCCUCAAUUGAAGAAGAGCGGGCGCACAUAAGUCAUGUUGUAACAAAUUUUGAAUUUUUGUACGAGCCUUUCUAUGUCGCCUUUGACGAUGUUCCUGCACAUGAUGAGAGAUUUAUAGGUUAUGGAUUCACCAGAAACUCGCAGGUCUACGAAAUGUAUAUCGCUGGGUACACUUUUUUUGUACUAUCCCCUGUUUUUAACUGCCAUUGGGGAUUGCAGCAGAAAAAAGCACGACCGGUUUGGCGUGAACAGCAAAAUAACAUAAACCGAAAGCGCUUCGAGAUCUUCAAACAAGAAAUACUCGCUAGAUACAAAAAAAAGACGAAUGGCUAGUCAAUGGGAUACACAGGAUUACUUAAUAACUAAUAAAAGUUAAACUGUUGCCAGUCAAAUUGUCGUUAUAUAAGAAAUAGUGACAUCUUAUUUUCGAAAA